UUGUUAUUUUUCUCUUUUUAUCCCUCUGCCUCUGACUCUCUCGUUCUUACUGUCCUAUCCUUUCUUUCUUUAUUUAUUUUCUUUUCUUCUUUUCUCUUUUUACUUCCCUCCCACCACCCUUUCUUUCUUCAAAUUAUCCUCUCCGGUUACGUUAUAUACGUCCGUGUAUCCUAAUCCUUUCGAACGACUUUCCACGACGCCCGUGAGGCCUCCUAAGGAACUGCAACCGAGACGAACGAUCUUGCGGUUGACCUUGCCGCAACGACUAAGGAUAGUGACCUUACCGAAGACGCUUAUAUUCCUGCUACUACUCGUCCUCUUCUCCUGUUUCUCUCCUCCUUCUUACCCCUCCUUUUCCUACUACUUACCAUGACUGCUCUCCUCUUUCUCUCUUUCAAUUUUUCCCCUACCUUCGAAGACGUCCCGCUUCUCUCCUCCUGUUCGUUCCCUCGACUCCUUCCUUUUCUCUCUCUCUCUCUCUCUCUCUCUCUCUCUCUCUCUCUCUCUCCUCUCCUUUUGAACAUGACUUCGAAGAAGAUCGGCGGUAUAUGAUUUGUACGCUUUUUCUUUUUCCUCUAUCUCUCUCUCUCUAUCUCUUUCUUUCUCUCUUUCCUUUUCUUUUCAUUCCAUCUUCGCCUCUCAUUUUCUUUUUUUUUCGCUCUUAUUUCUAUGCCCUAUGUUAUUCCGUACGUUUCUUUUUACUUUUUGAACGAUUUGAGCGAUUUGAAACACGUCGAAUGACGAUUUUCUUUUCGUUCCUUCGAAUCGAUUCGAGCGUGUCAGCUAAUAGAUCUCUCUCUUUCUCUCUCUUUCUCUCUAUCUGUUUCCCUUUCUGUCUCCCUUUCUGUCGGUCUCUCUCUCUCACUCUCUCUCUCUUUCACUCUCUCUCUCUCUCUCUCUCUUUCUCUCUUUCUCUCUCUCUCUCUAUUUUCUCUUUCUCUGAUAAUUCUCUAUUUAAUCUCACAAAGUCAGAAUCCCGGAUGAGGAUUUUUUAGAAUUGCAUUGCACUAUCUUGAGCUAAAUAUACGAGUGUAUAUAAUAAACAAACAAGCUAAAUAUACAUACAUACACUCUUAUAAUUAGAAAGGAUUAUUAGUAUAUUUAUUAGAUAGAUAUGUAUCUAUCUAUGAUCAAAUUCGUAGAAUACAAAAGGACAGAUACGGUAAGAUAUACGUUUGAAAUGUGUCCGUGCUAUAUUCCUUUAUAUAUUGAGAGCGCGUAUUCUAUCGAUGCACGGGUUUUAAGACGGCGUACGUCGUAAUCCAGGCCGAUGAUUAUACCAACGAUUAACGGUACACAUUGGCUGACCGGUUGCGAGUCACUUGACUUCGAGACUACGAUCGUAGCUAACAUUCCAAAUUCGUGACCACCACACUGUCGAUAGUAAGUCGGGACGCUCAUAUUGCACAUAGACCGAACGUAUUCGUUCAACCACACGUUUGAGGAUUUUCAUAUAUCUGUAUUACGUCCCGUACGCUGAUCGCAGUUUGUAUCCCGUGUGUCAUUCUAAAAGAAAAGAGAAUAGAUGCUUUUUUCCCUCAAUACACGAAGAAAAGUAUUUUUUUUAUAUUGUUUUUUUUUUUAUGUUUAAACGUGAUUUAUCACGCAAGAAACAAAUCGGAUUUUAUUUUACUGCACGAAAAAUUCCUUUCUUUUUUUUUUUAGAUUAUUCCAUUGUUGGUGGACCGAUUGAAAAUUUUUUUAUCCGUUAUUAAAAUGAUUCAAAGAGAGCUCUAAGAUGGUUGUAGUAAAUUUUUGUCAACUCUUUUUUCUUGCCCUCCUCCCCGAAGUUUUCAAGGUCAUCCUUAGUUUUUUUUUAUACAUAAAUCUUAUAAUUUUGUUUACACCUAUCUUUUAACGAAUAUUGAGACGAAUUCAGCAAGUAUCGUUACACAUAUAUAUAUGUUUUUCCAUCUGAAAUUACAACAAAUAUUCUAAUUGAAAGAAUUUAAUGUGAAAUAUCGCAUGCUACGUUGUUGUAUACUUUUCAGAGUUGUUGAUAAAUCAGUAUUUAGUUGUUAUUCAUUUGAUCUUUCGCAAUAAUGUUGGUAAACAUUUCUUUCUGCACAUUUAAUCUACAUCUAAUAAUAUCGGAAGAAGUGUUUCUCUGUUAGAUUUGUUUUUAUGGGAUACAUUUAAAGUAAAUAUUUAUGAUAAAAUUCCAAUAAUGGCGGAGAAUUGUAAAUGCAUGUUUAGUAUCGAUGCAAAUGCCAUAGAAAGAAUUAAACAGUCUUUUAUUUUAUUUAUUUACCGUCUACGCAAUUUUAUUGCAACUGACGAAACACAAUUUUUAACAUCGUUUUAAUUAAGGUAAAGGAUAUUCUUUUAAUGUUUCUUCGAUUUAAAUGUAAAAAAAAUAUAUAUUUUUUUUUAUUUAUGAUACUUGCCGAAUUCAUCUCACUAUUCGUUAAAAGAUAGAUGUAAAAAAAUAUUAUAAAUUUAUCUAUAAGAAACUGAAAGUGAUCUUGAAAACUUCGAAAAAUGAGUUGACAAAACAAAUUUAUUAUAAUCAUAUUUAAGCUCUCUUUGAUUGACGUUUAAUUCAAUCGGAUAAAUCAGCUGAUACUCCUUUUUUCAGGUAAAUCGUGAUUGAAAUAUAAAUAUUUAAUUUAUAAAUAUUUCAAUCUAAUUGAGGAUUUUUCAAAUCCACUUCUUGGUGAUAAUAUUAACAAUUGAUAUGGAUAAUAAUUAUCAUGAAUUGAUUUUGGGAACUAUUAAUCAGGAUUUGGAUCUGGUCGGGAAAGGCUGUUUCAAGAGCACAAAAUAUUAAAAUUAAAUCAACAAGGACUUCAAUAUCGAUGAAAAAUGUAGAACAAGUUCAGAAUUAUAACUACUUCAAUAAAGGAAAAGCUUUAAGUAUCCUUAUAGAGCAGGACGAGGACGAUGAACUAGAUGUCAAAGUCGAAAAAGAUUUCAAUGACCUAUUUUGGAGGGAAAGUUUUUUUAUCAAUGGAAGUAAUUACAACGGUACUUGGGACGCAGUCAGCAUGGCAGGAAUUGGAAGAUACAUUUUACCGAAUGGAACCGUCUUUGAGGGUGAAUUUCGCGAUGACAAAUUUCACGGAAACGGAACCAUGUCCUGGCCAUGCGGACAGAGUAUAGAUGGGGUCUGGAUAUCUGGCAAGCUGAAAACUAAGCGGUACAGAUUCAAGGAUGGUUUGAUAUUCGCUGAAGAUGGCUGGGAAUAUUGUCAAUUUCCUGAUAGACGAUUUUAUGCUUGUAUCACGACUGGCUUGAGACCUGCGAGAAUAACGCUAAAAACCAAUUGUCAACCAGCCAAAAUAAUUCCUCUCUUUUGUUACGAUGUGGGUUACGGUAUAUAUUAUCCGAAUACUCAUUGUAUCAUGUCAUAUGAUUCAACAAAGAUAAUCGAAAUACCAACUAAAACGAAAGUCGAGUGGAUUAUAAGCAAUUGUCGGAAAGGCUAUGAUGAACCUACACAUUAUCAGCCAUGGUUAAAUGAAAAUUGGUCAAAAAAAACGAGGCAAGAAUUAAAUAUAAAAUAUUGCUUACCCUUAUCAAACGAUUCACCGCAAGGAUGGUGGAAAAGGUAUAAUCGUAAUUAUUCUAUAAUAGUAAAUUUCUUUAUAUUGAAUUAAGAUUUCACCAUUACCACACGGUAAAACUAUAUAUAGUCUUGAAAUAUAUUAGAAAUUCAAUAGAAAAUCGAAUAUAUAUAAACUUGUUUAUAAAAUCGUACUAAUAUAUAUAUAUAUUAUAUAUAUAUAAUUAUUCUCUACAUAUUCCCGAAAUAAACAAGAUUGUCGAUUUUCGAGCAAGAUACUAGCGUAUAUCAGAAACCUGACGAGUUCCUUUACAAACAUUGUUAUUUGAAUCGAAGAAGAAAAAAGAUAUGUAAAAAUAGCGACGAAGGAAAUCACUGCAAUUAAAAUCUUUCGUUAUGUUUUGUUUUUAUAAUAUAUAACUAUAUCUAUAAAAAAAUAUGUAUGGAAAAAAAAACAAUAAAUAUCCAUCG